AUGCGACGAUGGGAGCAUUUGUGGAAUCUCGGUGAGACCCACGGUCUAGAUGAGGCUGCUGCCCAGUCUUAUUACAAUACUCGCUGGUCCAUCUUGAACAAUCCAUGCUAUUUCUCAUCCCCUCUCGGAGGUCUCCUUGCUCCCGCAGCAACCCGCCUGCCCGUGGAUAUGAUGUCGAACCACUCUGCAGAGGUCCCGGGCGGUACCCUCAUGCGAGACGUCCUGAAAUCGUUCUUCUCUGUCAGUGGAGACGCUCCAGGAGAGUUUGUAUGGACCCCAGGCAACGAACGCAUUCCUCAGAACUGGUACAAGCGAGCAUCCCUCCAAGCGUUCACUGCCACCGAGGCUAUCCUUGGCGUCUUCACUCUGAACAGCGCGUAUCCAGGUAUCUACCGUCUCGGUGGCAAUACUGGCACCGUGAAUUCUUUCACCGGCGUCGACACUGCGAAUUUCACCGGGGGUAUUUUCAACCUCGAGACCCUGACCCAGGGCAAUAACGCCGCUUGCUUCUUCUUGCAAGCAUCUCUGUCCGAUCUUCCCGACGCAGCAGCCCCUGUCCUCGGUGCCAUUGGUAGCGCUCUUGGAUGGGUUAUACAGCAGCUAGGUCCAAGUGCAGAGGCGCUUGGCUGUCCGCAGUUGAAGGCGUUCAAUAACGAUGUGUUCAACCAAUUCCCGGGUGCGGCGUACAUCGGUAGUGGAGAAGCUUAG